AUGGAUCUUUUGUAUCAAAGUGUCGGGGCCGACCUACUGCCACAGGCCACAGCCUUCUGGUCAGAAAUCGUGCAAUCUUACUCGCCACAAAGGAUCGAAUUUGUUGGAACCUUGCUAGUCCAGCUAUUCGCAUUUUGGCUGCCAUCCAUCUUCUACCUUUCACUGGAUACCAUUGCACCAUCUUUCUCCCAGAAGCACAAAAUCCAACCAGCUCCCAAACAACCCACAAGACGCGACAUCCUGCAAUGUUUUCUAGUCGUGAGCCAAAACCAGAUCAUCUCGUCCAUCUUGCACAUUGCACUCCUUGCUAUAUCGAGCAAGGUAGGUUCCACAUCUGCAUAUCGUGUUGAGGCUUCUUUGCCUGGGGCCGGAGAAUUCAUCCGCGAUAUCGUGAUAAGCUUGCUUCUGCGUGAGGUCAUGUUUUACUACGGCCACCGACUAUUGCAUGUUCCGUAUUUUUAUCGUCGGAUCCAUAAGAAGCAUCACAAGUUCACCGCACCGAUUGCGUUGGCUGCUCAAUUCGCACACCCCAUUGAGCAGAUUUUCGCCAAUGCGCUGCCCAUAUCAUUGCCACCGCAGUUGCUAGGGAGUCAUGUGUUGACCUUUUGGCCUUACCUCGCAUGGGAGUUAUUUAAUACAGCCACUGUGCAUAGCGGGUAUGAUUUUUUGAGUAACAAGGCGAAAAUGCACGAUCUGCAUCAUGAGAAGUUCAAUUUGAACUAUGGAUCGCUCGGGCUGUUGGAUUGGGUUCAUGGAACGAAUAAACUAGGGAAGCGGCACUCUGAGUAG